AUGACACGACGGUUAAUCCAUCCGGAGCUGGGAUCCGGCUCAAGACCUCCAAUUGUCGUCGAUGGCACCUCCUUCGCCAUCAACGGGGCAAACUCGUCCUACCGCUUCCACGUCGACCCAGAGACGGGCGACCUCACCUCUGACCACUUCGGCGGACCGGUCACGGAGAACCCCAUCGCCGAGAUUCGCGCCAACGGAGGCGGCUGGUCGACGGUCGAGCACCUCCGCAGAGAAUGGCCUGACCUCGGCCGGGGCGACUUCCGCACCCCUGCCGUUCACGUCAAGCACGCCGAAGGGUACACGGUGAGCGACUUCAGGUACGAGUCUCACAGCAUCGUGGAGGGGAAGCCGGAGCUGCCUGGGCUUCCCUCGACGUUUGGGAGCGAGAGUGAGGUGUCUACGCUGGUCAUUCACAUGGUUGAUAAGGUCAGCUCGGUCAAGGCGGACUUGUCGUAUUCCAUUUUCCCGAAAUACGACGCCAUGGCUCGCAGCAUCAAGAUCACGAAUGAGGGGACUUCGGAUAUUUCCAUUGAGAAGUUGGCUAGUUACAGUGUUGAUCUUCCGUAUGAGGAGUAUGAGAUGCUUCAGCUUCACGGGGAGUGGACUCGUGAGUGUACACGAAUUCGAAGAAAGGUGGACUAUGGCGUACAAGGAUACGGGAGUGCGUCCGGAUUCUCCUCAUUCUACCACAACCCGUUCCUCGCCCUGGUAUCUCCUAGCACGACAGAGUCCCACGGGAACGUCUGGGGCUUCUCUCUGGUUUACACGGGGUCAUUCAGCGUCGAAGUCGAGAAGACCCCCCAGGGCUUCACCCGCGCCUUGGUGGGAAUGAACCCCAUCCAUCUGUCGUGGCCCCUCAAGCCGGGCGAAUCCUUCACCUCGCCGGAAUGUGUUUCUGUCUUCUCCAAGUUCGGAAUCGGCGACAUGUCGCGGAAAUUCCACCGCCUCUAUCGCCAGAACCUCAUCCUCAGUCCCUUUGUCAACAAGCCGCGGCCGAGCCUGCUCAACAGCUGGGAGGGCCUGUACUUCAACUACGACGAGGAAAAGAUCUACAAACUGGCCCAGGAUACGGCUGCCCUGGGAGUCAAACUGUUCGUGCUGGAUGACGGUUGGUUUGGUGUCAAGUACCCUCGUCUGAAUGAUCGGGCCGCACUUGGAGAUUGGGACCCGAACCCAGUGCGGUUCCCCAAUGGUUUGGAUUCGCUCGCCGACAGAAUCAACAAGCUCAAAGUUGAAAACGUAUCGGGAAGCCAGGGUCCUGCUGAGAAUCUACAGUUCGGGCUCUGGUUCGAGCCGGAGGCGGUGAAUGUGAAGUCUUUGCUCUAUGAGCAACAUCCUGAGUGGGUUCUCUCAGCCGGAAAAUACCCUCGUACAGAGGCGAGGAACCAACUGAUGCUCAAUCUAGCGCUCCCAGAAGUUCAGGAUUUCGUGAUUGAUGCAGUGUCUAAAAUCCUAUCUACGGUAGCCGUUACGUAUCUCAAGUGGGAUGCCAACAGAGCGAUCCACGAGAGCCCGUCGCCGGAAAACCAUCACGCGUAUAUCUUGGGCUUCUACAGAGUUUCAAAGGUGCUCACCACCCGGUUCCCUCAUGUGUUGUGGGAAGGCUGUGCUUCGGGUGGCGCCCGUUUCGACCCCGGAGUCCUGCAGUACUUCCCACAGUUCUGGACCUCGGACAACACGGACGCCCUGAGCCGCAUUCACAUCCAAUUUGGCACCUCGCUCGUGUAUCCUCCGUCGACCAUGGGGGCACACAUAUCGGACGUGCCGAACCACUACACCCGCCGAACCAUCCCGAUGCAGUUCCGCGCCCACGUCGCCAUGAUGGGAGGUUCGUUCGGGCUCGAGCUCAACCCGAGCGCCAUAACCCCAGAGGACAGGGCUGCGCUGCCCGAACUCAUUUCUAUCGCGGAGAGGGUCGCUCCCAUAGUCAUCGAAGGAGAUUUCUGGCGUCUCAACUUGCCUGAAGACUCGAAUUACCCGGCUGCCAUGUUCAUCUCGGAGGAUGGCUCACGUGCCGUGUUGUUUUAUUUCCAGAUACGCAAUACCGAGGUCCACAACUUCCCAAUGCUAUAUCUCCAGGGCUUAGACGAAACUGCAUUUUACAAGAUUGAUGGGGAGGGGGCGUAUUCUGGAGCUACGCUGAUGAAUGGUGGCAUACAACAACGAUUUAAGGGGGAUUACGAUAGCCGGAUUUAUUUUAUAGAGAGACUGUGA